GGACUUUGAGGCGGACGACACCUGUCUGCCCAACUGCUGGAUCGUGGUGCGGCUGGACGGCCGCAACUUCCACCGGUGAGGGCCGGGCGGGCAGCCAGCGGCAGGGCCGCUUGGAGCGCCGUGGUCGCUAUGGCGACGCCUCAGCCAGCGGGAGGACGGGGCUGCGGUGGGGAAGGGAGGUCCCUCAGCGCCUCUGUGCAGGCUUGGGUGCUGUGCCGAGAAGAGCGAUGCUGGCCGGUGCCGUGCACUUGGCCCUGGCUGUUCCCUGCCCGAGGUUUUCUGAGCAGCAUGAGUUCAAAAAGCCAAAUGAUGACCGUGCUCUUCAGCUGAUGACUAAGUGUGCCCAGACAGUGAUGCAAGAAUUGGAGGAUAUUACUAUUGCUUAUGGACAGAGUGAUGAAUAUAGUUUUGUUUUCAAAAAGAAGAGUAGAUGGUUUAAAAGAAGAGCAAGUAAGUUCAUGACUCACGUGGUCUCUCAGUUUUCCUCAAGUUACGUUUUCUACUGGAAGGAUUACUUUAAGGACCAGCAACUUCUGUACCCUCCGGGAUUUGACGGACGAAUCGUAUUGUAUCCCAGCAACCAAAAUCUAAAGGACUACCUCAGCUGGAGACAAGCAGAUUGCCAUAUUAAUAACCUUUAUAAUACAGUGUUUUGGAUGCUUGUACAGCGGAGCGGUUUGACACCAGUGCAAGCACAAGAUAGACUCCAGGGAACUUUGGCUGGAGAUAAGAAUGAAAUCUUAUUUUCCGAAUUCAACAUUAACUACAACAAUGAACCUUUGAUGUACAGAAAAGGAACCGUCUUGAUAUGGCAGAAGGUUAAUGAAGUCACGACAAAGAAAAUAAAACUGCCAAAAGAAGCAGAAGAAAAGGAAGUCGAAGUAACACGGAUUAGGACUAAAGUUGUUCCCUUGCACUGUGACAUUAUUGGGGACCAGUUCUGGGAGGAAUACCCUGAGAUUCUGGCCGACGAUAGUUGAUCUCUCUGCUGAGUAUAACUGUUUAUGUUUUGCUCUGUUUGGGUUGUUGCAAGUGAGGAGUACAAAGGUAGCCCUCCUCGGUGGCUACACUGGUUUGAGUGUUGCUGUUGCCUGAAAAGACUGGUAUGUUUGUCAUAUAAGGAUAUGACCAUAUGGCAAACCUAAAAUCAUAUUUUGAAUGUUAAAAACUGUUCCUUCCCUGUACAUGCAUAUUUGUAGAAUAAGUGUAUAUGAAUGUCAUGCAUUUCUGUAGCAUUUAAAUCAUGAGGUAUUUUACUGAACUGCUGAACUAUAAAAAAGCUUGCAUAUUUGAGCAGUCAAAAGCAGAGGAGAAAAUAAUUCUUUUGCUUUUUGUUUCAACUGAGGUGGACCAGAAUACUUCAAUUGGCACUUAGUACUAUCACAGCCAGUGUGUUUAGUCAGAUCAGUGACAAAGCUUUCAGCUGCUGAAUGUCUCUGAGCCUCACAGAAAGGAAAUGGAACAGCCAAGCAGUUUCCUAGGAGUGAUUUUUUUUUUAAAGGUUUUGUCAAAUGUGCAAGAUUUUUAUACUUUUUUAAAAAAUAAACAAAAAAAGAGUAA